AUGUCGCCCGUAACGCAAAAAUUAGAUCUGUAUGUCGGAACCGACAAGCACCGGUGGUGGAAGGAGGCGGUGGUAUAUCAGAUCUACCCCGCCUCAUUCCUGGACAGUAACAGUGACGGUUGGGGCGACAUUCCUGGCAUCACGCAAAAAUUGGACUACUUGAAAGACCUCGGCGUCGAUGUGAUAUGGGUAUCGCCAAUCUAUAAGAGUCCACAAGCUGAUAUGGGAUAUGACAUCGCAGACUACGAGGACAUCGACCCCAGUUAUGGCACCUUGGCUGAUGUUGACAACCUUAUCAAAGAAAUCAAGAAGCGUGAUAUGAAACUGGUUAUGGACCUUGUUGUCAAUCAUACCUCAGAGGAGCAUGCUUGGUUUCUGGACUCGCGAUCGUCCAAGGCAUCGUCGAAACGUGAUUGGUACAUCUGGAAACCCGCUAAAUACGAUGCUGAUGGCAACCGUCAACCUCCAAAUAACUGGGCGCAGAUUCUAGGAGAGGCCAAUUCAGCGUGGACGUGGGAUGAAACCACUCAGGAGUACUAUUUAUCGCUCUUCACGCCCGAGCAACCAGAUCUUAACUGGGAAAAUCCUGAUGUUCGUGCAGCUGUUCACAACAUCCUUCGUUUCUGGCUUGACCGAGGCGCAUCUGGUUUCCGUAUGGAUGUCAUCAACUUGAUCUCAAAGGUGCAGACAUUCCCCGAUGCGGAAAUUUCGGUCAAAGACAACAAGUACCAACCGGGUGCUAAGUACUACGCAAACGGUCCUAGACUUCAUGAGUGGCUGAAGGAGCUUCGACGCGAAGUACUUUCGAAAUACGACACGCUCACCGUUGGAGAAAUGCCAUUUGUUCGAGAUGAAGACGAAGUCAUUCAAGUCGUGGGAGCCGAAAACGAAGAGCUGAACAUGAUCUUUGCGUUUGACUUGGUGGAUAUUGAUAAUAUCCCAGGCGAUUUCAAAUAUACUCUGCAUCCCUGGGAUGCGCGCGACCUCAAGAAGAUUGUGAAUAGACUGCAGCGUUUGAUGCUCGAACGCGACGGAUGGAAUUCGCUUUACGUCGAGAAUCAUGAUCAGCCUCGAAGCGUAAGCAGGUACACUGACGACAGUGAUCAGUGGCGCGAAUACGGCGCCAAGUUGUUAUGCUUGAUGCAAACUACUUUGGCAGGGACGCUGUAUGUCUACCAAGGUGAAGAGAUUGGCAUGCGCAACGUGCCUAAAGACUGGACGCCAGAAGAAUACAAAGAUAUCGAAAGUAUCAACUUCUUCAAAAAAUAUCGUGACAUGUAUCCUGGCGAUGCCGAAAAGCAGGCCUUGGCAGCUGAGAUCAUGCAACGAAAAGCUCGCGACAGUGCCAGGACGCCGAUGCAGUGGGAUUCGUCUGCCCAAGCUGGUUUUACUAGCGGAAAGCCCUGGAUGCGUGUCAACGACGACUAUCCCAAGGUCAACGCAGCAGCUCAGUUAGAAAAACCUAAGCCUUCGCCCGGCAUGUUGUCUGUGCUUGAAUUCUGGAAGCGUGGUCUGCAGUGUCGCAAAGAAAACAAAGAUGUUUUCGUGUAUGGUGACUUUGAAAUGCUUGACAUGGAAGACCAGAAGAUCGUUGCAUUUCGGCGUUGGAGUGAGAAGAACGCUUUUAUCACCCUGCUAAAUCUCAGCGGCGAGCAAGUAACAUGGGAGAAGAUGGGAGAUCUCAAGGUGAAGAAAUGGGUUGCUGGCAACUAUGACGAACGACAGCUGGAUGAGAAGGCGAAGAGUGGAAAGAUACAGUUGAGGGCAUGGGAGGCCAUACUGGGCAUGCUGCAAUGA